GGAGAACUACGUGCUUCUCGUCCAGGGCAAUGCCAAUAACUUGGAGGUGUUGAGGGAAGCGUGGAUGCGCAGGGCGCUGAGGUCGCCCAAAGGAUACACUAUCAAAGCAGUGGUACCAUGAAAGUGGCCUGCUAUGACCUGUGUGAUGAGCGGCAAGAGCUGUAGGGUAAUGUAAUAAAGACAAAAUGGGUAUCUGAGUAGCCAUGCACAAAACAUUCACAUGUGAUUUUCAAAUCUUGUUUACUCUAAUUAAUUUAUGCUUAAAUGUCAACCACUGGUUAUUUUUUUAUAUUCAUUUCUAACUUAAAUUAAGAGACUUGUCCCACUCUCUUUCUAUGUCUUCCUUGCCGCUGUUUACAGUGUGACAUGGCUGCCAUGGUAUCUGGUGAAGUAUUCCUGUGACAAAAGUCUUAAUGUUGUCAGAACAGCUUCAUGAUACAAUGAGCCCAGAGUGUUUCCCUGGAGAGAGGAAUUAAGGGUACAUGUGUCCUUAGUAACAACCACAUGCCCACGUCAGCUCAAUUGAUUCUGGAACUCUCAAUUGUUGUGCAAAACGUUUCCCGCUUUCUCUCUGAAAAGAAUAUUUGAACUCCUAAAAAGACGUUUAUAGUAACGUCUUCUAGCUCUGUUUCUGCAGUUAAAGCAUCUAAAUAAUUCUAUACAUCCCAAGGACAACCUAAAGAUGUUCUGUUCUCACAUUUACAACACUUCCCUGAAAAUUAAAGAAGACAAGGAUUGAUUUAUCAAGUGCAUGCAUCAGUCUUUCCUCUUUUUACACCUCUCAAACUACAUGUGGUCAGAGACCUUAGACAGGAUGUUUCCUGUUUGAAACCCUAGACAGGAUGUUUUUCCCAUGGAAAACAGUGUCAAAAGUGGAAGGUGAUGUUUCAGCUUACUAUUAUCUCUGGGCUCCCCUACAACAAAGGAGAAUGGAAUAGUUGCUAAGCACGCAGAACGUCAGACAUUUAAUGGGAACUAGCAGAUGAAUGAAGCUAAAAGUGCAGGUCAGGAAUAGGAGUGGCUACUUGUACAACUGACUAUGCCUCUUUCAUUUACUUUUGCAUAUAUAAAACUAGUAAUACAGUAACAAGUAUAUUUUCAUACCAUUUCUUCCAGGUUUGAGUGAGUUUGGCCCUUUAGUUACUGAUGAACUUUAUUGUGGGAGUAAGUUUUACCUGGGAUUUGGUUAAUUAAUCAACAACAGAAUGGAAAGUCAGUGCUGGCAGGUGUCCAACAUUUAAUGUAGUCAUCCCUAGUUAAUAAUCUAUACUUUGGCUCUAUCUAUGGUCACAGAUAACUGAAGAAUCUACUUACUUCUGAUCAGUGGUUAAAACAGAAAAGUUUGAAAAUGCAUUAGAUGUGGACAAUGAAAUAAACAGCUUUGACAUGAAUACUUGAUCACUUAUAUGUUGUUUGUUCCACAAUAUUUCCACAAACAGCAAGUAUUAAUGUCUAUUCAGUACUUGCCUACCUGUGGAAAUACUGUGAAACAAGCAACCUAUGCUUUAGGACACAAACAAUAGAGCUCUUCAUUAACGUAGACACUUUAUUUGAAUGUAAAUGUUUAGAAAUUCUUUGUGUGGUAUUAUCUCUCUCAGAACUACAAAGCAGUUCAGAGAUUAAAAAAAAAAAGCUACUACAUUUCCAGGCUUUAGAAGAAUCAAGUAAAAUUCUUUGAGGCGAUCUGUCCCCUGUGCAGAUGUCACCAAUUUCCCAGUCUCAGUUUAUUCCACUGUCUGAAAUACUGUGCUCUGUCAUAUCGGAUAUGAAUGCCGCCAAUGUGGUUGUUAAUCAGGAAGCAUUGAUUAAUCACAUGAUGAAAGCGCACCCAGGAAUGACCAUUCCCACUCAAGACAUCCUGUACAGUGCUCUGGGAACUCUUAUUAAGGAGAGGAAGAUCUAUCACACUGGCGAGGGCUACUUUGUAGUCACCCCUCAAACAUACUUCAUUACCAACAACAUGGUGAAAGAGAGGAAUUGGUGGAGUGCUGGCGACAAUGACCUGCCAUCACCUCCUCCCAUCACGUACCUGGUGAGCAACGAGAGCUGCAUGGACACCUCUAAUGAGGUUCCUGUCAUGGCCCACUGUAAGUCCUGUAGCUGCUUCACCUCUCCGUCCAUUGUACCUCCAUCUGUCCAAGAUCACCAAUCUAUCAGCAUCAGUGAGUGCACUGGAAAAAGCCUCAAGUGGCCCAAAGAACACAAACCUUCCAUUCAGCACCAGUCCACAUCUACUGCAGACUACCAGGCCAGUGAGAUUAGUAAAUCCACCAACACAAGCCGCAAGGACAAGGAGAAAGCUGGCCGCAAAUUUGGCCUUAAUCUCUUCCGACGAAACACAGGGAAGAAGGAGAACAAGGCGAAGAAAGAAUAUGCCACGUUCUCUGGACAAUUCCCACCGGAGGAAUGGCCUGUCAGGGAUGAGGAUGACUUAAACAACCUCCCCAGAGACCUAGAACAUGCCAUCAUCAAACGGAUCAACCCAGAUCUGACAGUGGACAAUCUAGUAAAACACACAGUUCUUAUGAAGAAGCUUGAGGAGAAAGCUGAGAGAGUAAUGGAGAAAGCUGUGGACAAGGGCAUUUCCACUGAAGCUCUUCUGUCUAAGCAGAGGCAUUAUACCUCUAAGCCUGUGGGGAAGAAAUCAGCCCCAAGAGCUACUCGCAGCAAGAGAAGAGGCCCUACAUCCAAAGAAAAACAAAGAGCAAAGAGUAAAACCUUGCAAUGUGCUGAAGAUUUAGAGGCAGAUGAUCAAAUUCUUCCACACCUCAGAGCAGAGUUUGCUUUGGAUGAACCUGACAAUCAGGAAGAAAGUACCAUUCUGAAUCCAAAAUGUGUCUACAAGAAACGGAUAGACAACCCUUUUCUGGCAUUGCCAGGAAGAGAUGUGGAAACAAACAUCAGCCAUAAAGAACAAAGGAGGAGAGAAGCCAAGAUUCCAACCUCCGGACGCCGGGAAAGACCAGGUCACAGGUCAAAGUCCUGGGAUCCUCACCGGGCCAAAGCAAUCACUGACAGCGUGGAGAAAUCUCACACACUGAAGGACGCAGCCUGUGAACAGCUCCAUGAAUGUGCACCGACUGUAGACUCCACCCUGGAUGUUCAACCAGUUCAAGAGCUUUGUGGAGAUUACAGCUUGGCGUACCCUGAGAGCAGCACUUUGAGGAUAGAGGACAAAAUUAGGCUGAGAGAGAAUAAAGUCCGAAGCAGGGAGUUCAGAAAUGGCAGAGUAAGAGAAAUUAAAUGUCAGGGUGGAGACAUGAGAAAUGUUCCUGACCAAAAGAACAAUGUAGAUCAUGCUACACAUUGUGAUGUAACAGAAGUACCCCUCUCGUGGCCUAAACCUACAAUUCAACGUAGACUUUCCCUACAUCUACUAAACAGUAAAGAAGAGUCUCAUCACCGUCCAGAUCUGCUGUCCUCACAUCAGCAAAUUGGCAAUAUUACUAGCCAUCAGCUGUCAGAUGGUCAAACAUUGGACAGAAACACAAGCCAGACUGAGAGUGAAGUUUAUACAGAUGAUGAAUAUCGCAUCUAUCAAAAGACAGUGGAGGAUGAGGAUGGAUGUAGCUCUGUCUGCCUGAAUGAGGAAUGCGUUCUUGACUUUGAGGUAUCACAGACCGGCACAGCUCGUUGCCGUGAGCCUGUCUGUGCAGAUGGUGGUUGGGAUGGACAUUUUGUUGAGGAACAUGCUCAUCAAAAACCCACCAGAACCACAUACAGGUCACAUGAGUACAGGUGGCAGUCUUCUGAUCACCAGAUCCUUCAGAAAGGUGCUAAUCCCAAACAAGAAAUCCAGGGUCUGAGGAAAAGACCACAAGAAUCCAGUUUGGCAGAUGAUGAACAUACUGAAGCCCUGGAAAGCAGCAUUUUUGACUACUGUCAGACAAGCGAAGUGGAGUCCGAUUCUGAGACCAUACAUAAAUCUGCAGAUGAAGCAGAAGCUGGCAAAUCUAACCACUGGAUCUGUCACCCAGAAUUAAAAGACUGCCAUCAGAGAACAAAUGAGACAUCUGAGGAUGCUGGCAACAUCAAUGCAAGCCUAAAUGACCCUACAGGGGCCUGUGCAGGAGAAACCACAGAGAAUCAGAGUUACACAGCUGAUAGUGGGAUUGACUCUCCAAGGACACACAUGAGUGUAACCUCCAGUAACUCAGCAAUACUUAAAGGACUGAAGCAUCGUGGCUUCCUGCAGAACCUUGAAAAGCUCCACUCCAACAGCAUUCACCCUCAGAGUUCACUCCUCAAACUUACACCUGUCGUGAAUGUUUAAGCAAAUUAAAACGUAGCUCAGAAUCUGGGUAUAGUUAUAUGAUGUAAAAAAUGUAUAUAAUCCAACAAAUGUAAAUAUACCACCCCACCCCCCAUGAACAACUAGGAACUGAAUGUAGGUAGUGCAUUUAUAUACUUAAUUCAUUACAGUUUUACAUUUGAACUGAUUAAGAAUGUUGAUGGUUUUUUCCUUUUUGUACAUGAAUCCUUUGUUGUUUAGAGAGAAAGUGAACAUUACGAGGAAUAAUCCACUAUGAUCUAUGUACAAAUGGUAGGUAAUUUGCAGAAAUAAAAUGUUGAUAAACGUUG